GUGAGGGACACCACGUGUUCCGUGAUUACCGGGGCAACCCUGGAGGUUUGGCAGGCCGACUCGAGUGGACAUUACUUCAUGGACACCCGGAGGCUGAACUUCUGCCGUGGUAAGGUCAUCACGGACCCCCAGGGGAGGUACAGCUUCAUCACCAUCAUGCCGGGAAAGUACGGCUGGGGCUGGUACACCCGUCCUGCGCAUGUGCACUUCAGGGUGACCGCCCCAGGUCGGCGGACCCUGGUCACUCAGAUGUAUUUCUCCGGGGACAGCAGUCUGGGUGUCCACGACCCAUGUGGGUUCUGUGGGUCGGAGAAUCCCAGCCAGGUGGCGGAGCCUCGCGCCCCUAGCGGUGACGAAGGGAGUUACACCGUGGGAGGGACGUCAUACACCAUCAGUGAGGUGGCGGAGUGGGACAUCGUUCUGAACUGAGAAGUUUAACUUGUAUUGCACUCACUAUAUAACGGGUUUGCAUGCAGGCCAUUUUAUGUAUCUCAUGUACAUAGAGAUCUAACCUCAAGUGUUGCCCAGUAAGCCUUGUGCCGAUUUUCACGUGGUAUAAUUUCUGAACUAGAAUUACCAGACGCACUCAUCUUUUCUAUAAUAUAUCUAUUAGUAGCUGCAUCAUAUGUGAACUAGAGUUCCACGAACACAUACCUUCGCCAAAUAAAUCAGGUUUGUUAUGUAGAA